ACCAAACAUAGUUUUCACGACAUCUGGCGGUUUCAUCUUUACUCUUCAUGCACGAUUCGUAAAUAAAAUAACUUGUGUAGACGAUCUCAUCAUCCUGGCGCAGUGCGAAAAGGACUUUUGAAUAUACUUUGGAAUGAAUUGUGAACCACAUAUUGGCAGCACAGAUGGCUCCGAAGUAGAACUCUGUUGUCGUGUUUGUCUUCAACUUGAAGAUUUGAUGGUCCACAUUUACGAUAACGGCAUUAUCGAGGAUUUACAAUCGGAUCUCAUCACGCUGCUGGAGCGCUGUGGUGGUAUCAAGGUAGCAGAGUCCGAUGGUCUCCCAAAGUUUCUUUGCCAAGAGUGUACGACUGAACUACUUGUAGCUGCUAAGUUUCGAGAAAAAUGUGAACGCACACAACAACUUCUAGAUAUGACAACUUGGAAGGAAUCUUUGCCUAUUGAUGAUAUUUGCGCGGCAAACAGCAAAGAGCCUGGAACUACAUCUGAUUCACAAUUAUUAGAAAUUCACAGCAAUAUUUUCGAGAUAGACCCCGAAGAAGCUGUAGAAAUCAAUUUAACGGGAAUAGAAGUUGAAGAUGAAUUGUCGACAAGCGCUCAGUUGAAUGCAGAGAUAUCGACUGAACAAGGAGAAGUAAAGUGUGAGGAAUUUUACGAAAACGUGGAAUUCUACGAAAACAUUGUCGAUGAGGAAGCAGACGAGAUAGAUGGACGAUUUGAAGCUUUUGAACAAGAAAAGCGAAGAAAUAUAGCUAAAGAACAAAAGCUCGAUGAGGAAUACACAUGCGAUGCUUGUGGUGCCGUGUUCUUACAAGCCUUCAACCUUCAACGACAUUUGGAGAAGGUGCACUGUCUUUUGCAACCAUAUAUUUGUGCUAAUUGCAGUCACACUUUUUUGUUAGAGGAGUCUUACAGAAACCAUAGCCAGAGUUGUGUAAAACCGUUUUCGCCUAUAACCGUCGACAAUACAAACAUUUCAAGUAAUGUAAUUGUAAGCACAUCCGCUGCCUCAACUCCCCGAAAAUGUGAUUUCUGCGGAAAACAUAUGAAAUCAACAUUCGCGCUUAAUAUGCAUCUGCGUACUCAUACCGGUGAACGCCCGUACAAAUGUACACAAUGUCCCAAGGCAUUUAAGACCCAAUCAGCUUGCUCAAUGCAUUUGAAACGCCACGCAAGAAAACCGGACUAUGCUUGCUCAAUUUGUAAUAAAACUUUCUAUGAAACCAGCAAUCUGACCGCGCACAUACGAACUCACACUGGAGAGAAACCACACUCUUGCAACUUGUGCCAAAAACGCUUCUCACGUGUCUUCCUUUUACAACUGCAUAUGCGAACACAUACUGGUGAGAAACCAUAUCAGUGCACUACUUGCAAUCGUAGCUUCGCGCAAUUAUGUGACUUAAGAAAUCAUGAGCGUACACAUACAGGAGAAAGGCGUUAUAAAUGCACUAUAUGUGGGAAGUCGUUUAUUAAACGCUAUGCGUUCAAGGUUCAUUUGGAACGACAUGCUGUAUUACAACCGGAAGACGUUCAUGUAACAGAGGAGACAAAUGCGGAAACUAUCGUAACCACUGUAGGAGAGCCUGAAGAUGAAUCUGUUAAGUAUAUGCUUGAUAGUAGUAUCCUGGAUGGAGAUAGUUAUUUUCUUUCAAAAGUUACCGAAGACAAUUUUUGUGAUCUAACAUAUACAGAUGUGCCACCGCUGAAUGAGUCCAACGAAGAGCUCGCGUGGAAUAAUUUUAUAAUUGAAGAAAUUUAAGAUAUACAUACAUACAUAUACAUAUGUAUGUACAUUUAUGUAAAUAUGUAAA